UGUAAGGUAACUUUAGUGAAAUUAAAGUCCUCAUGCCUGGAUUGUCAGGCAUAGUGCAAAGGUUUAACUAUUGCUCUUAAUUAAGCAUGACUUGAAUUGUUAUAAAAUGAUUCUUGGAAAUUAUGUGAAGAAAAUAGUAUGAGUAAUACCUGCUUUAUGCUUUUCGUAUGAACCUUCACAUGCAAAGUGGCAUGGUUUAUUUUGUAGGUUGGUUUUUUAAAUUAUCAUUUUUUAUCCUAAGUAUGUCUGGCAUAGGACAGGGAUGCUUCAGGCAAGCUUUCAGGUAUAGUAUCUGGAGUAGGGGUGUAUAACAGAAGAGUAACUUAUGUGGCUGUAACGAGGGAGGUCCUGUAAAACUUUGCAAUAAAAUUUAAAAUACUCUCAGUUUGUGUUUCUGUGGCAUAAAUAGUCUUCCCAAGCUUGACAUGGUCAGGUACCAAUGAUGUAAUAAUGAUGAUUAUACCAGAUGCACCAAAGGCUACUCUUGGUAUGCCAUGUGGUGGGACUCCAGGCAUGGUUAGUUUGAGUAAUUGUUCUGAGGCCACAUGGAGUUUGUCAUCUCUCACAGAGGAAUUUGAUUCAUUAGUGUAAGACAUCGCAGCAGUAGGUCAGUGCCUCUUGUCUUAUGUAAUGUGAAUACAUGUAUUCAGACCACUUGUUUGAGCACAGUGCUCUAUCUUGGGUCAGCCUCAUACAAAGCCUUGAAAUAGAGUAUGUGAUGUAUAAUGUCUAGACUUUAACAUUUUAUAUAUUAUUGAAUAUAAUAAUAUCUAGACACAGGUGAAGAAUCUGCCAGCAAUGCUGGAGACCCGGCUUCAAUCCCUGGGUUGGGAAGAUCCCCUGGAAAAGGGAAUAGGCUACCCACUCCAGUAUUUUUGCCUGGAGAAUCCCAUGGACAGAGGAGCCUGGCAGGUUAAAAUCCAUGGGGUUUCAAAGAGUCAGACACUACUGAACAACUUUCACUUUCACUUUUUUCAAUAUUACUGACUCUCUUUUCCUGUUCUGUUGGCUAUCAGUGAUUACUUGUAACUUAUUAAACUAGGCUCUUUAAAAGCAGGAUUUUCUUUUGGCUUGUCUUCUCACGUGUGUUGAGUCUCUCUGGCUUCUUGUUCCUUCCUGUUGCUGGUUGAUCAGAGUCCUGUGGAAGAAAUCAAUUCUCUUGAAGUCCAUGGCCCAAAAUGACUCUACCACUGGAGACUUUCUUCCGUAAAGAGGAAGAUCAGACAGGAGGCUGGGAUGAACAUGCCACUGCAUCAGAUCUCUGCCAUUCCAUCCCAGGAUGCCACUUCUGCUAGAGUCUACAGAAGUAAAACCAAAGAAAAGGAGAGGGAAGAACAGAAUGAGAAGACUUUGGGACAUUCCAUGAGUCAUUCAAGCAACAUUUCUAAGGCUGGGGGCUCCUCGGUGGCGUCGGCUCCAGUGUCCUCCUUCGCUCGCACUUCCGUCACGCCCUCCAAUCAGGACAUCUGCAGGAUCUGUCACUGUGAAGGGGAUGACGAGAGCCCUCUGAUCACGCCCUGCCACUGCACAGGGAGCCUCCACUUCGUGCACCAGACCUGCCUGCAGCAGUGGAUCAAGAGCUCUGACACGCGCUGCUGUGAGCUCUGCAAGUACGAGUUCAUCAUGGAGACCAAGCUGAAGCCGCUGAGGAAAUGGGAGAAGCUGCAGAUGACGUCCAGCGAGCGCAGGAAGAUCAUGUGCUCCGUGACCUUCCACGUCAUCGCCAUCACCUGUGUGGUCUGGUCCUUGUAUGUGCUCAUAGACCGCACCGCCGAGGAGAUCAGGCAGGGUCAGGCAACAGGAAUCCUAGAGUGGCCCUUUUGGACUAAGUUGGUGGUUGUUGCCAUUGGCUUUACUGGUGGACUUCUUUUCAUGUACGUUCAGUGCAAAGUGUACAUACAGUUAUGGAGGAGACUCAAGGCUUAUAACAGAGUAAUCUAUGUCCAAAACUGUCCAGAAACAAGCAAAAGGAAUAUUUUUGAAAAAUCUGCACUAACAGAGCCCAGCUUUGAAAAUAAAGACGGACGUGGAGUCUGUCAUUCCGAUACAAACUCUUCUUGUUGCACAGAACCUGAAGACACUGGAGCGGAGAUCAUUCACGUCUGAUGGCGUGGAGGUUGUGUUCUCUUGGACCGCUGAGAACAGCCGAAGGAAAUUGUUUACUGCCAAUUGUAUACAUUUUCUUAUGUCCUUGAAUAGCAUAGACUGGGCAGGUGACUAUUUUUAAUGGCUUCUCUUUUUUCUAAACCCUCCUUAGUGACUCUCCUGGAAAACCCUCACGUCAGCUGUGCCUGGCUGGGUUCUGCUUCUGCCAGCGAGUCUACAGGAAGGGAGGGUGGACGAGCCUGUGACACCACGAUGGGGUGCUGGCUGGGUUCUGGCUCGUAGUCUUGCGCAGAAUGAGAGAACAAGAUGCCAAACCUGAGGGAAGAAGAGGAGCAGGUGGUGCCUGGGCCCUGCCACGCCUCUUCAGGUGGGCAGGUCCCCGCCUCCUGCCCGCUCGGUGAACUGUUGGGAAGGACCAGCCUUGGGGAGAGGCUUCUCCACCACUAGUCAGGGUCCGGGGAGGCUGCCACUGACAGUCCCCGAGCAGACGGGCCGUGGUGCUCUGUGCGUGGUGGUGAGUGAUUCACUAAGCAAAGCAAAGCACUUUACAAAAAGAGAAUCUUUAUUUUGUAAUACGUGUGUCACGUGGGGUUGACAUUUGAAAGAACGUCUCAUUUAGAAACCUUCCUUUCAUGACCCUGAUUAUCUCCUUCACAUUAUAAUAGAUCUGAAACCCUUUUUGCCUUAUAUAUGCUAAGAAAUGUGACUUCCACUCUGUGUCCAUAAAAGGGACUUGUAAAGCAGAACAAACAGGUCGGAGGCAUUUUUCAUAACAUUUUGUGGGGAUGACUGGAUGGUAAAUGGCAGUUGGAGCGUAAUUCCUGUGGUUUUGAGCCUGUUUUAUGACAAGUCUUCAUGUCAUCUGGCUGCCCUAAACGUUUCUUUUUUUGUCAGUCCUAAAGAAGAAGGGUUCAUGAGAUCUAAAUGAAAGGAAGUGAGGCAUCAGAACAAAAUGGAAUAUUUAAAAACUAUUCCUUUACAGACAGACCUCUCCAGUUUGUGCUGACUUCACACUGAAGGAGUAGGCGUGUAUCGCCCAGCUGGGGCACACGCUGAAGGUACUCUCAGGGGCCCCUGCUCCUGGCACCUUCUGUGGGUCGCUGCCCAGAGCAGAGAGGCAGAUGGGCUGUCUCUGGGCUGAGGGCCAGGAGUGAGCAGCAGACUGCCACGGUCCACCGUGUCCCUGCUCCCAGCCACACCCCUGCCCAUUUGUCGCCUUAACUGGACUGAACCCCUGGCCCUGCUUUCAGUCCAUUCUGUCAUCAGGGAUUAUCUCCUGUACCAUUUUUUCAUAAAACCAAAAUCACUACCAUCAAAUGGCCUUUGUACCUUUAAAAAGGUCUGCUUAAAAUUCUAUUUUUAAAGACCAGUUUCAUCAUACCAGGCAAAAGAGAGUCAACUCCAGAAAAAUAGCCCAGGGAGUUCUGCAGUGUGAGAUGAGUGUGCCCAGGCACUUACUCUCCAGGCAGCUCUCUGGAUGUCUUGGGUGGGAGGCCCUGGGGUCCUGCCCUCCAUCCUCUGAGCCUCAGGUGUUUCAUCCAACCUGUUAGAGUAGGAAGCAAACAGAAGAUGAUUCCUUUGCAUUUCAGUGUGGAAGCCCUAUGGUUUGUUUUGAAAGCCAGGAGGUUCUUAAGCCCUUGGGGGAGGGCUUUGCCCUGCCAUGGCUUCUCUGGCCUGGCAGGUGCUAUCCAGCCAUAGCCCACCCCUGGAAAUAGGUCAGCUCGUCCUCUCCAUCUCCAAGGCCACAUCCAGCGCGUGCCUGAGCUCACUGUGCCCCAAAGUGCAAUUACCUACGCCCCUUUUCCCAGCCUGGGGACACCAAAUAGCUACAGACAGUCCGCUCAGGAGAGCCACAUCCCAGGUCUGCCUUGCCAGUGCCCUUUAGGAACUGCCCGGGCAAGGCCCCUUGUCCCUCUUGACGGCAGGUGAGUCAUCAGGGGAUACUGAGAGAGAUUUCUAAGUGGGCACCAUUCCCCUUCUCCCCAGUGGCGCUUCUUGUGCUGCCCCUGAAAAGCACUGAGACUUCUGAUAGAGAGGAGAGUGUGCUCAGGUGGGGAUGGCCCUGGGACAGCCCAGCCAGUGUGGCUGGCGCCCCACCUGUGGCAGAGGUGACUUCAUAACCAGCCCUGUUGUGUUGCUCCCAUGGCCCACCCAGGCUCUCACGGGACGCUCUCUCACACCAUCUCGUCACCUUCAGCCAAGCUCCUAAAAGCCUCUGCCUGUGGGUGGUCUGCCCCGUGUCCUCCUCUUCUUUCCUAGGAUGGCACACACACAGCUACCGCAUUGCCUUCUUCUGUCUUUGCGGGUUCUGCUGACCACCUCUGACCCCCAACUUAGUCCCAGCACUAACCCCCCGCCCCCCAGCCGCAGGGACUGAGUGACGUGCGAGGCCCUGGUGAAGUGGCGCUGUGCUGCUGCCGAGUGGGGGCUGUGGCUGUGCCAGGCGUUCCUUUAGUCUGUCAGCUUGCCCUCUAGGUUCCUGGAAGAGUUAAUCAUUCCCCAUUUCCUCAUCGUUUUGCACCUGACUGAACAAAUUACAGAAACGUGGGGUGAGCUUGCAGGUCUCAGGGCCUGGAGGGCUGGUAAUCUGAAGGCCAGGCGAAGGGGAGAGGGAAGCAGCCUGGGGUGUCGCCAGCCAACCAUCUCUGACUCGGCCUCUGCUUCCCCUCAAACUGUAGUUCCACUGAAGCACUUUUGUGCCUGAGUUUAAAAUUUUACUGAAAAUUAUAAAAGAUCUCUUCAUCCUCCAGACCUGUACUGUCUCUUGCUUUUUUUUUUUUUUUUGCUUCGGUCCACUCUUUUCAACCUUACGGGUCCAGUUUCAAAUCCUGCAGGUGUCCCCUAACCAGGCUACAGACAGACAGACAGGCCCCGGGCAGUUGGAGGGGUCCGAAAGCCUCGUGUAGAGCUGCCCCCCUGACUGGUGGUCGGCCCUGGAGCCAGAGGAUGAUAGGGCACACAGGAUAAAGAUCCACGAUGGUGUGGAUUUGGCCUGACGCAAACCACUUUUAAGAUACUUUCCCUCUUGGAUCUGAUUUGAAGUUUGCAGCUUCUAUCUCUAGCCCAAGGAAAGACUGAAACAUAGGGAAACAAAUGCAUUUGUCUUUGUUUUGACAGUAAUGAAAUUGUGCAACUCAUCACCUAUUUAGAGGCAGUGUUUAUAGGAUGUUGAUUGUUAAUAAAGACCAAAUUUACACUGGCAUGUGUGUGGUAGUUUCUAACAGGCACUUCACACUUGAAGUUUUUCUCAACUUAGAAACUUUCUAGUUAUCUAAAUGUCUAGUUUUGUAUCAUUUUGUGUAUGUUCACUGUUUCUCAGUAUUACUGCUUGAAUAAUUCUCUGUAUGGGUGGGGGGGUGUUUGUACUAUACACGGAGUGUCUAAGUGCAGCAAUAAAGCAUUUCUUUAAAAAGGA